AGUCCUAAGAAUCUCUAGCCAAAUAUGUUAUUUUCGGGAGAUGCUAAACAUUUGUUAGCCGUUAAUGUAUGCGAGUUCCAGUGUAGGUCACUCAUACAUAAAAGUCGGCAUGAAUACGUCUCGUAACCAAAACUUAAUUCAUUUCUUCCUUUCUCUGUUCUAAUGAAAUAAACUGGAGAAAGUAGUUUCAAAAAUGUCUAAUAAGCAGUCUUUCAAUGUCUGCUUUUGCUUCCGGAGAAAAUUUAGGCUCCGGAUGGCAGAGCCUCCUGAAGAUAUUAAGAACGUUUUUUAUCUGUACGCGCAAAAUGGCACCAUGACCAUUGAUGACCUGCAGAAAUUUCUGAUUGAGUUUCAAGGAGAAUCCAGUGCUACCAAGGAAGAUGCUCAGGCCAUUUUCAACAGUCUCAAGCAUCUCCACAUCUUUCAACGAAAGGAACUCGACCUUGAUGCCUUCUUUCGAUAUCUCCUUGGUGACCUUAAUCCUCCUCUCUCUUCAAAGGUGCACCAUGACAUGAAUUCUCCAUUGGCUCAUUAUUUCCUAUUUACCGGCCACAACUCUUACUUAAAAGGAAAUCAACUCAGCAGUAACAGUAGUGUUCGUCCGAUAAUUAACGCGCUGCGACAAGGUGUUAGAGUUAUUGAAUUAGACUUGUGGCAGGGUUCUAAGAAAAAUGACGUGGUGGUUCGUCAUGGAGGGACGCUUACAAGUCCGGUGGAUCUCAUCAAAUGUUUGCGCGCGAUCAAGGAAAACGCUUUUGUUGCUUCUGAGUACCCUGUUGUCAUAACAUUUGAAGACCACCUACAUUCAAAUCUUCAAGCCAGAGUGGCAACGAUGCUCACUGAGACAUUUGGUGACAUGCUGUACUCUCCCGAUUCAGAAUUCUUAAAGGAAUUCCCUUCACCGGCAUCAUUGAAGAGGAGAAUUUUGAUUUCUACCAAGCCACCAAAGUAUCCUGAAUCGCAGAAACCUGGAGAUCAAUCUGGAUCCACUGAUCAUAAGCAGGAAAACGAACAAGAUGAUGAAGAAGAUGAAGAUAAAGACGAGGAGAAUGCUAUUCCGGAAUAUAAACAGUUGAUUGCGAUUCACGCAGGGAAGCCGAAACGUGGGUUAGAUAAAUGGCAUAUCGAUCCAAAUAAAGUCAGACGUCUUAGCUUGAACGAGCAACAACUCAAAAAUGAAACAAGAACUCGUGGAUCCGACAUUGUCAGGUUUACUCAGAGGAAUUUGUUGAGGGUUUAUCCAAAGGGUACACGUUUGAACUCAUCAAAUUAUAAUCCUAUGCUUGCGUGGACUUAUGGAGCUCAAAUGGUGGCAUUCAAUAUGCAAGGACAUGGAAAGCACCUUUGGAUUAUGGAAGGAAUGUUCAGAGCAAAUGGAGGCUGUGGCUAUGUGAAGAAACCUGAAUUUUUGCUGGCUAGCCCAAAUAAUGAGGUUUUUGACCCUAAUGCAUCUUUACCGGUGAAAAAAACUUUGAAGGUAAAAGUAUACAUGGGUGACGGAUGGCGUUUAGAUUUCCACCGCACACACUUUGAUCUAUGUUCUCCACCGGACUUCUACGUGAGGGUUGGAAUUGCGGGAGUCCCGAGCGAUAAAACAAAAAUGAUGGAAACCGAACCAAUAGAGGACCAAUGGGUGCCAGUUUGGAACAAGGAGUUCACCUUCCCAUUGAGGGUUCCAGAGCUGGCUGUGCUUAGAGUUAAAGUCAAUGAGUAUGACACUCCCGCCAGACAUGACUUUGGUGGCCAAACAUGUCUGCCAAUACGAGAGCUCAGAACUGGGAUCCGAGCUGUUCCUCUGCACAGCGAAAGAGGUCAAAAGUAUACAUCUGUGAGGCUUCUGAUGAGAUUUGAAUUGACAAAUGAGGUUUAAUUAAGUGUGCUUACUCAUAAUCUGCUGUAUGUUCUAUGUUAAAUAUUACACACACUAACCUUGCAGCUGCUAUAAAAAUAUAUCCCGUUGUAUUUGAA